UGCGGUCACAUUGUUUUGACAUUUCCAAAAGUCAAGUGCGUAUUGUUAAUAUUAUCAACUUGAUAAAAUAGAAAACAGUUGUAAAAUGGAAAAACCACGCGUUAACAAACGUAAAGAGAAGAAAGAAAAAUCCAACCACGCUAUCAAGAUCGUGGUGCGGCAUUUGCCACCAACCAUGACUGAACAAGAAUUUUUGGAGCAAGUCGAUCCAUUGCCGGAAAACGAUUCGUACUAUUUUUGUACGGCAGAUUGGUCGCUUGGCCAAGAGGCAACAUGCCGCGCAUAUAUCGACAUGUCGCGGAAGGAUAUUUCGGACGUACUGCAGUUUCGCGACCGUUUUGAUGGCUAUGUAUUUGUCGAUUCUAAAGGUGCCGAAUACGCUGCUAUUGUGGAGUACGCACCAUUUCAAUGCUUUAUGAAGAAUAAGGCACGUAAUCACGACAACAAGGUUAAUACCAUUGAAAAGGAAACUCAUUACCAGGACUUUCUACAAAAGUUGGCGGACGAACGUGAAGAGGCAUCGCGGUUAGGUGACUUGAAGAUUGAUUUUAAUAUAGAGCAGCGAUCAGAUGAUAAGGUGAAAUCUACGCCACUGCUUCAGUAUUUGGCAAACAAAAAAGAAAAACGGCGCGAGGAAGCACGUAAACGAAAUGAAGAGAAACGCAAGCAACGCGAGGAAUUAAAGUUGCUGCGUGCAGCAGAAACGCCAGAAAACAAAUCCAAGGAUGCCGCUGGUGACAAUAAAAAACCAGGCAACAAUAACAAUAAUAAUCAAAAAAAGGAAUUUAACAAGGAUGGACAAGUCCAGGAUAAAGCAAAAAAUUCGCGUUCCAAGCGUCGCACAGAACGCGAUCAACGUCGACGUGAAGAGCAUGAGCAACGAAAGUUGGCGCGAGAUCGUGAGCAGCGGGAUAAAAAGAAACCUGAGCGAACUGAAAGACCAGAAAAAGAGAAUCCGAGUAAAAAAUCGUCAAAACCAAAUCAAGCAAAAGAACAGAAACUGAGCAGAGACGUUGUGAUUCUUAAAAAGGAAACUAUUGUUGAUUCGAGUGCUGUUGUCUCCAACACAGAUACAGAGAAAUCUGUAGAUGCUUGCAGCGAAAGGUUGGCUUCAGAUCAACAGGAUAAAGAAGAGCGCAAGCCGCCUGAGGUAUUCCCGCAGAACAGCUCUCAAGCCCCAAAUCAGCAGGAAUCUCGAAAGUCCGCAAAUCGGCGCUCGGCCGAUGAGCGUCGCAUAAGAAAUAAGGAUCGUCCAUCCAUUGCCAUAUACCAGCCUAAGGUUCGAAAUCGUCUCGGAUCCGAAGAAAAUUCUCCAAAUGACUCGAAGGAUGCCGCACUGUCAACGGAAAAGCCCGUGUUUCCAACAGUUAGCGACAGCACUGAAAUACCGGACGAGAAGUCAAAAAACAAACGAUUUGGUCGACGUAAUAAGCAAAAGAAUCCGGAUUGUAAGGAAAGUAAUGAGCGUGCUCAAAGUCAAGUCUCAAAGUCUUCCGAAAGUAGCACAAGUGCUCAUUCAACCACAUUAAAAUGAUUUAAAUUAAAUAUGUACAAUUCGCGUAUACUGCAUUUCUUUAUUAGUAAAAAUCGUUCUCCAUAUCCAUUUGAUUCGCUGAUUUCUGAUUGUUCUUGACUUGAUCCUGCGAUUGAUACAUAUGUGCUACUUGAUUGGCAUCCGUUGCAUGCUCAGCAUUCUUAUCAUCGCGGAUGCGGAUGAAUCGUGGAAAGCGUAGUGAAAUGCCACGAUCACUGUCCACAAUACCAAUGGCGGCGCGAUGAAUGGGACUUAGCGAUAAGUCAGCGCAUUUGACCUCCCAAACUUGAACAGGUUCGAACCAAGCAUCCGGCUCCAAGCUGGCAUCGUAACGGAAAUAUGAUUUGGCUCCGCUGAGGACAUGUUUGCUUAGGAACUCCGAGUGCGCACGCAAAUCCUCGUCAGUGAAGCCUUGAAUGCGAAUUCAAUUAAAAAAAAUUAAAAAUUAUCCAUUCAAUUGCUUACCUGUGCCAAUUUUACAAAUACUUUGAUAUUCUUCAUUCUCUGCAUCGUAGCAGGCCAAUAAGUAACCACCGUAUAUGCCAGUGCGUCGUCCCUUGCCUUUAUAGCCGCCGAUGACAACCAGGUCGAGAGAAUCACCAACGUUUGACAAAUAAUCCUUCUUCAAUUUCAACCAAUUUCUUGACCUUUUGGCUAUUUCAUAGGUGGCCUCCUCAUCUAGAGUUUUUUACCAUUAAGCCCUCACAGUUCCCUUUGAUGGAUUCCUCCAAGAAUUGCUGCACUUCAUCCAUAUCAUUAGUGUUAAGUGCAUUGGCAAAUUUCCAUUCUCCUUCGACCUCUUGGAAAUAUUCAAACAAAAGUUUUCGACGUUCCGAUAGUGGCUUUGUAACUAGCGAGUUGCCAUUUAUAUAAAGUAGAUCAAAAAAUGUAAACACAAACUUGCACUUUAAUUGUGGCAAUAUCAACGUUUUUCCUCUUGCGAGUAGUCAACACUUGGAAUGGCAAAAUCUGGCCACGCUCCAAAUCCCAGGCAACAAUUUCGCUGUCAAUUAUAUAUGAUUUUACGUCAUUUGUUUUCAGAAUCGCCUUACUUCGAGCAAUCAGAUCCGGAUAUUUUUCGGUAUUAUUCUCCGAAUUGCGAGAGAAAAUGCUCAUCUCACCAGAAUCGUUUAAGUGUAUUUGGGCUCUUUCGCCAUCGUAUUUCCAUUCGCAAGUGAUGUGCAUGCCACUGAAGCGUUCGAGGACUUCAUGCACACCCUUUGUUGGCUGGGCCAGCAUGGGCUUUAGCGGCAUGCCGGGAUGCAUGGGGCAACGAGUCUGUAGCUCCUUAAUAUCAUAUUUUAAUAGGGCCGGAAUUAUAAUGUCAUAGUUGGGACAUUGG